GCAUAUUAUACUAUGAAGAUGAAUUUCUACAAUGCAAUGGCUGUCAGGAUUCAGAGAUGGUGGCGAGGAUAUAAAAUUCGGAAGUAUGUGUUUAAUUAUUUUUAUUUGAAAGAGUACCUGAAAGCUGUUUCAGAGACCAAUGAUGCAAUUAGGGAGGCACUGGAGGAGUUUGCAGAGAUGAAAGAAAGAGAAGAGAAGAAGGCUAACCUCGAAAGGGAACAGAAGAAAAGAGAUUACCAAGCCCGAAAGAUGCAUUACCUCCUCAGCACAAAGCAGAUUCCAGGUAUAUAUAAUUCACCAUUCAGAAAAGAGCCUGACCCAAGGGAGCUGCAGUUAAAGAAGGCCAAGCCUCUCAUACACCGAAGACCUAAAGUUAUGCAGAAGUCCUGCACAAGCCUUGUGGACUGGCUAGCUUGUACGAGUGCCCGUUCUUUUCCGAGGUCUGAAAUUCUGCCACCUAUUAAUAGGAAGCAAUGUCAGGGGCCCUUCCGAGAUAUCACUGAAGUAUUAGAACAACGCUACAAGCCUUUGGAGCCAACACUGUGGGUGGCAGAACCAAUCACCGAGUUAAAGUUGGCCAGAGAGGAGCUCAGAAGAAAGGAAUGGGUGCAAAAUGUAAAUGACAAUAUGUGA